GGCGAGCGGUGUCAGCGGCGGAGCCGGAUGCGGGCGGCAUCGCGGCGGUCGCGGCCCUGGGGAUGGGCGGAGCCCCAGCCGCUAGUGCUGGUGGCCGCCGCUGCUGCCCCAGCUGGAGCCCGAGCCGCCGCCUCUGCGUCCGCGCGUCGCUGCUUCCCAGGGCGGCGGUAUGCUGGGGAAAGGAGUAGUCGGCGGUGGCGGCGGCACCAAGGCCCCCAAGCCCUCCUUCGUGUCGUACGUACGCCCUGAGGAAAUUCACACAAACGAAAAGGAAGUAACAGAGAAGGAAGUAACUCUUCACUUGUUGCCAGGUGAACAGCUGCUUUGUGAAGCCAGCACAGUACUGAAGUAUGUCCAGGAAGAUUCCUGUCAGCAUGGGGUCUAUGGGAGGCUUGUCUGCACAGACUUCAAGAUUGCCUUCUUGGGUGAUGAUGAAUCUGCAUUGGAUAAUGAUGAAACUCAAUUUAAGAAUAAGGUUAUAGGAGAAAAUGACAUUACACUCCACUGUGUUGAUCAGAUUUAUGGAGUGUUUGAUGAGAAAAAGAAAACUCUCUUUGGACAACUGAAGAAAUACCCUGAGAAGCUCAUCAUCCACUGCAAAGACCUUCGAGUGUUCCAGUUUUGUCUGAGGUACACAAAGGAAGAGGAAGUCAAAAGGAUUGUCAGUGGCAUAAUUCAUCAUACCCAGGCUCCUAAACUGCUUAAACGAUUAUUUCUGUUUUCCUAUGCGACUGCUGCACAAAACAAUACAGUCACUGAUCCCAAGAACCAUACCGUAAUGUUUGACACACUUAAGGACUGGUGUUGGGAACUGGAACGGACCAAAGGCAACAUGAAGUACAAAGCAGUGAGUGUCAACGAAGGCUAUAAAGUCUGUGAGAGCUCUGCGAAGUUAAAGGAUGCUGUUUUUGCCCAUUGUUAUGUCCUCAGUAUAACACGGUGGCUGGCUUCUAAGAGGAGCUCAAUAAAUAGGAGACAGAAGGAAAAGCCCCAUUUGUAUUUAGAGGGGGACCUGUGUCAGUUUGGAUUGCCAGCAUACUUUGUUGUCCCCACCCCUCUUCCUGAAGAGAAUGUGCAGCGCUUUCAGGGUCAUGGCAUACCAAUAUGGUGUUGGUCCUGCCACAAUGGAAGUGCCCUUUUGAAAAUGUCAGCACUGCCCAAAGAACAGGAUGACGGCAUUUUACAAAUCCAAAAGAGCUUCUUAGAUGGAAUUUACAAGACCAUCCACAGGCCACCCUAUGAAAUUGUUAAAACGGAAGACCUGUCAAGCAACUUCCUGUCCCUGCAGGAAAUCCAGACUGCAUACUCUAAAUUUAAACAGCUAUUUCUGAUAGGCUUUCCCUCCCCGCCUCCUUAUUGUGGCAGUGAUCACACGGCCACCCUCCUCUUCUCCCCUUCCUCAGCAUACCAGUUGCCCAGUGAUAACAGUACUGAAUUUUGGGACACAGAUAUAAAAUGGUUUUCUCUGUUGGAAAGUAGCAGCUGGCUUGACAUAAUCAGACGUUGCCUGAAAAAAGCAAUAGAGAUUACAGAAUGUAUGGAAGCACAAAACAUGAAUGUUCUUCUUUUAGAGGAGAAUGCAUCCGACCUCUGCUGUCUCAUUUCCUCUCUGGUGCAACUGAUGAUGGACCCCCACUGCAGAACCAGAAUUGGUUUCCAGAGCCUCAUCCAAAAGGAGUGGGUCAUGGGUGGCCACUGUUUCUUGGAUCGCUGCAACCAUCUCCGCCAGAACGACAAAGAGGAGGUUCCUGUGUUCCUGCUUUUCCUAGAUUGUGUCUGGCAGCUGGUGCACCAGCAUCCCCCGGCAUUUGAAUUCACAGAGACUUACCUGACUGUUUUGUCAGAUAGCCUGUAUAUACCUAUUUUUAGCACCUUCUUCUUCAAUUCACCUCAUCAAAAAGAUACUAACAUGGGUAGAGAAGGCCAGGAUACACAAAGCAAGCCUUUGAAUCUGCUCACCGUGUGGGAUUGGUCGGUGCAGUUUGAACCCAAAGCCCAGACAUUGCUCAAAAACCCUCUUUAUGUGGAAAAGCCAAAACUGGACAAAGGCCAACGGAAAGGAAUGCGCUUCAAACUCUGUCUCCAGGCCCAGAAUUUCUCCCCCACAGAGUCCACAAAGGAGAGAGCAGUGAUGCAUCAACGACAACUUUCUUUGCCACUUACACAAUCUAAGUCAUCUCCCAAAAGAGGAUUUUUCAGGGAAGAAACAGAUCAUUUAAUUAAAAACCUUCUGGGCAAGAGAAUUAGCAAACUUAUUAAUUCUUCUGAUGAGCUCCAAGACAACUUUCGAGAGUUCUAUGACAGCUGGCAUAGCAAGUCCACUGACUACCAUGGUUUGUUGUUACCGCAUAUCGAGGGGCCCGAAAUCAAAGUCUGGGCCCAGCGCUACCUACGUUGGAUUCCAGAAGCCCAAAUCCUAGGUGGUGGCCAAGUGGCCACUCUGAGCAAACUCUUGGAAAUGAUGGAGGAAGUCCAGAGUUUACAAGAGAAGAUCGACGAGAGACACCACAGCCAGCAGGCCCCCCAGGCUGAGGCCCCCUGCCUGCUGAGGAACUCUGCCCGCCUCUCGUCUUUGUUUCCUUUCGCUCUGCUCCAGCGACAUUCCUCUAAGCCCGUCUUACCCACCAGUGGCUGGAAAGCUUUGGGAGAUGAAGACGAUUUGGCCAAACGAGAAGAUGAGUUCGUGGACCUAGGGGAUGUGUGACCUGUUUGUUGAGUGAUUGUGAAAGAGGAAUGUGGGAGAUUGGGACAGCUGAUCCCUGGAUUUGUGUCACGCUACAGCUAAUGCUGGCUGGGUCCUUAGCCCAGCACUCCGUUAGAAUAAACCUGGGCCUUCGGGAAAA